AUGAAGAGUGAAAUUGCUGAAAAAUCACAGAAAGAUCAGGAGGAAGUAGCCGCUGCCCCAAAGCCUUUAGGCCAGCAGGCUCAGCCCUGGAGCGGGGAUGAAAUCCGGCUCUUCAUCCAUGAGUGGGAACUCCUGGGCAAUCUGCAGGCGAAGAAGAAUAUCAAAACCGCCAAAGCGAUCGCGCAGAGGCUCAAAACUAAGGGCAUCCUGAGGAGCCGGAAGCAGUGUCUGAUUUUGCUGGAGAACCUGCAAGAGAUGUACUGGACCAUCCACCGCGCCAACCAGCGGCCCCGCAGCCAGCCGCUGCCCUGUCCCUUCGGUGAAGCCCUGAACCGACUCCUGGGGCCCAAGAGGCAGCACCCGGUCUCCGGUCUCCCUGCGAUUGCACCCCUGGGCUUUGUACCUUCAGUGGUCUCCAAACUCCCGACUGGCCCCAGCCCUCCUGCUAUCCCCAACCCCUUGACAGCUCCUAGCCCCCUGAUGGCCCCCGGCCUCCCAAAUGCCCCCAGUUCCCUGACUGACUGCAGCCUUGAUGGGCCCCAGCCCUUGAUGGUCACCAGACCCCUGGCUGUCCCAGCUCCCCAGUAG